ACUGGUAUACUCUAAUCGAUCCCUGCGCUCGCUGGUUUCUGUAUUGCUCACGACGACGAAGCUGUGCGGCACGCAACUUGUUAGUCUUCAAGGUUCCAAGGAACAGACGCGAAGAGUCUGCUCCUUCUUACUACGGUUGCGUCCAGAGAUCUACGUACUGUCGUCUCUGAAUCAAGACGCUGUCUCUGCAAGGGCAGGACGUUUCAGAUAAAGCAAACCCAGAAGAGAUGGUCAGGAUAUCAAGGACGAGUAAACAUUGAUCCGAUAAGAGAGCGGGCGAAGGAGUAGCAAGAACGAUGUCCCUAUCACAUACCUCCUUCGUGUCGAUAUCCUCCCUCCCACAUCAUUGCACACCAACCACGUCUUUCCUGGCUGACGUCUCCGCCUAUUUCGGUGUCUGUAUUCCUACUCCCCUUGCGGCGAUCUCGGUUCUGCUGGGGACAUGUUCAAUAAUAUCAUGGCUAUUUGCGCAGAUGCCGCAGAUAUUCAAAAAUUACCACAUCAAAUCUACGGCAGGACUGUCGAUACUCUUUCUGGGCGAAUGGUUGUUGGGUGAUUUGACCAACCUUCUGGGUGCACUGUUCACGAAGCAGGCUGCGUGGCAGAUCAUCAUUGCAAGCUACUACGUGUUUGUGGAUGUUUGCCUUGUCGUCCAAUACUUUUGGUACACCCAUUUCGCGAAAUGGAUCUAUGCGGAAAGCCUCCACUCUCCCGAUGGCAGCGAUGUCGAUGAUGAUGCAGACAGUGAUAUCAUCAACGCACUGUCCCCAAUCAAUACCAGCUUCACGGGCGAAGAACAGUUGUUGCGGGAUGCGGAUACUAGUCCUCAAAAGUCGGCUGGUCCCACCACUGUUGAUGGGCCUCGCUUCUCGCAAGUGAAUUAUGGCGAGAAAAAUGGCAGUCCUCGCAACAUACCCUACAUCCACAAGAUCACCAACAAUUGGAUGCCUUCACCCUCUCCACGGACCUUCAUGUACGCGGCUACUAUAUCCUCGCUGGCAUCCAGCGCGGCAGCAGCGCCUCUGCCGUUUCCUGCAGACCACUAUCGACAUGGCAUACAUCUCCUGCGUGUCGAUACACCUCUUGAGAUUGCGGGUACUGUCUUGUCAUGGUGCUCUACAUUCUUAUAUCUUGCGUCCCGUCUACCUCAGCUGUAUAAAAACUGGGAACGACAAUCCACUGCUGGCCUUUCGCCUCUGUUGUUCCUCGCGGCGUUCUGCGGUAACUUCUUCUACUCUACGUCACUCCUGACCAAUCCAAACGCGUGGCAAGACUAUGGGCCAUAUGGUCACCACGGCUGGGUGGACGGUGAAGGAUCACAGAGAUGGGCUUGGGUGGCCAGAGCAGCCCCUUUUUUCUUGGGCGCUGCCGGAUGUCUAUCUAUGGACGCUCUGAUGGGAGCGCAAUUUCUGAUGUACGGCGAAAAAGAGGAAAGGCUUGUGCGGGUCCGAGACAGAUAUGGAUACAGCCACUGGGAAAGAGUCAAUGGCUGGAUGAGAGGUUGGAUACCAAACAUGUCUGGGAAGGAUAGGGUGGUUGACAUGGCGGAGAGUCAGCGCCUACUUGCUGAUAGUGGGAGAAUGAGCUUGAGCAGGAGAAGGGACAGCCAUCGUGAUUAUGGCACGGUAGAAUGAUUCAUGCAUAGCAUAGCAUAGCGAUAGACUGGCCUACUGGCUGAUGAGGGGGCUUGGAAGCAAG